AUGGCGACACGUUGCCCGAGCAUGCGUGCCUUCUCCCUCUCCCUCCUAUUCCUAGGCGCGGCCUCCCUCGUCGACGCCACCGGCGGCAAUGUCAAGGCGGCAUGCGCCGACACGCCGUACCCGGAGUACUGUGUCACCGUCCUGUCAGCAUGCCCGAAGAGUAAAUCUGCGGACGCUUUCGCGCUGGCCGAGAUUGCGGUCCACGCUGCAGCCAAUACCAGCACCAAGGCGGCCACCCUCGCGCGCUCCGAGGAAAAGGGCAUCAAGGAUGGCAUGUGGUGGUGCAUGGACCAUUGCGCGGCAGACAUCGAGGACGCUGCCGCGCGCCUUAGUCACCACAACGUGAGGCUCGCCGAUGUGCGGAGCUUCAUUGCGAGGACCGAGAGCGACUCGGUCAUGUGGAACUGCGAUGAGUGCCGGCAGGAAGGGGCGUCCAAGAAGAAUGACCUGCUCUCGAAAGACGGUGACCUGGAGAAGAUCAUGGGCGUCAUGUCUGCACUCGUCAAGCGUGUACGCGUCACCAAGGGCACCACUGCACCGCCCGUGAAGGCGCCGACACCGUCCGCGUAUUAG